AUGGCCCCCUGGGCACAUUGGCCAUCUGCAGUUUGUAGAUCUGCAAAGCCAAGUAAUUUUAUUUCCUUUGUUAUUUCCAGGUAUCUUUUGUAUGAUGUAAAUCCACCUGAAGGUUUCAACCUUCGUAGAGAUGUCUAUAUUCGAAUUGCCUCUCUUAUAAAGACUUUGUCAAAAAGCGAAGCUUGGGUAUUGGUUUUACCACCCUGGGGACGUCUCUAUCACUGGCAGAGCCCUGAUAUACAUCAGGUCCGAAUUCCAUGGUUCGAAUUUUUUGAUGUUCCAAGCCUCAAUAAAAACAUACCUGUAAUUGAGUAUGAGCAGUUUCUUGCAGAAUCAGGUGGACCUUUUAUUGAGCAGAUAUACGUGCUGCAAAACUACGCUGAAGGAUGGAAAGAGGGGACUUGGGAGGAGAAAAUAGAUGAAAGGCCAUGCCUUGAUCAGCCCACAUAUUCAAUGGACAGACAUAAAUACUACAGGGGAUGGUUCUGGGGCUAUGAGGAAACACGAGGCCUUAACCUGUCCUGCUUAUCUGUCCAAGGUUCCGCUUCCAUCAUAGCUCCUCUUCUUUUGAAUACUUCAGCUCGGUCAGUGAUGCUAGACAGAGCAGAAAACCUUCUACAUGACCACUAUGCUGGCAAAGACUAUUGGGAUUCUCGUCGAAGCAUGGUAUUUGCUAAGCACUUGCGUGUGGUGGGAGACCUGUGUAGAGAAAAAUAUCUUAAUUCCACCGAUGAGAAGGACAGGACGCAGUACGCCGAAGACUGGACAAAGAUGAAGGUAAAACUGGGCACAGCCAUCGGCGGCCCGUACCUGGGAGUUCAUCUCAGGCGCAAAGACUUCAUCUGGGGUCACAGAAAGGAUGUGCCGGGCAUCCAGGGAGCAGUUAAGAAAAUCACCAGCCUGAUGAAGCUGCAUAAACUCGAGAAAGUGUUCGUAGCUACAGAUGCAGUCACAGAUGAGAUUGAAGAGCUGAAAGGCCUGCUUCCAGGGAUGGUGCGAUUUGAGCCUUCUUGGGAAGAGGUGGAACUCUACAGGGAUGGAGGAAUCGCAGUCAUUGACCAGUGGAUAUGCGCCCACGCCAGAUAUUUUAUAGGGACUUCGGUCUCAACAUUUUCCUUCCGCAUUCAUGAGGAAAGAGAGAUCCUAGGUUUUGACCCUAAAACUACUUACAACAGGUUUUGUGGAGAUGAAGAGAAAACUUGUGAGCAACCAACUCACUGGAAAAUUGUGUAUUAA